UUUGAAGAGACAAAGUGUAGAAGGACGCUCCACUUGACUCGGAACUGCGACUCACCCCUCACUGCACAAAUCACUUUGAAAACAUUCCCAACUCAUCCUUCUCCACUACAAGUUCCACAUGAAGUGUUCGAAAAGGUGUUAGCGGUCUCAAGCAGAUGCAACGACAUACAGCCCUUUUGCAGGACGUGGACAAGGCUAUAUUCUCGGAAGCGAACCUUGUAGCAUCUCCGAGGUUGAUUGGCAUCUGCAAGGUGGUCAAGAUGGCACUCGACCAUGUUAAUCGCCAUAUUCACCUGAGCUUUGAUGUUGACACGCUCGGCCCAACUGUUGCACCUAAUGUGGACAGUCACGAUUAUUCACCACGUAUCCUGAGUCUGAUACUGCGGACACUCACUACACGCGGGCACAGCGCGUUGGCUUAUGCAGAUCAUUUAUCCUGUUCCAUUGGGACUUGAAAUUACGAAGACUUCGGUCUGUUGUAAGAAUGUCCACGACGGGUAGACAAUGUCUUCCCAUGUCAAUCUAUUCCAAGUGCGUGGUGGCCUUACAGGACAUCU